AUGAAGCUCCUCGCAUCAACCGUCCUUAUGGGCGCUGCUGCUGCAUCUAUUGCACCUCAACAACAAGUUCUAAAGAAUCCAUUUCAAUCAGCCUCAAAGCCAAUCUCGGAAGCAUGGUCCAAAUCAAUGGAAUCCUUGAAUCAUCUCACCGAUUCCAUGAAAGAUAUGACCUCGGAAGCCAAAGCUGUUUGGGAUGAAGUUUCAACGCUUUUCCCAGAGGCGAUGGAUAGAGCUACUUUCUUCCAACAACCAAAACCUCACACAAGAAAACCUGAUACCGCUUGGGAUUAUGUUGUCAAAGGCGCAGAUAUUCAAAAUGUCUGGGUUGAGAACUCCAAAGGAGAGAAGGAGCGUGAGAUUGAUGGAAAGCUUGAGAAAUAUAACAUGAGAGCUAAGAAGGUCGAUCCUACGAAGCUUGGUGUUGAUAAGGUCAAGCAAUACAGUGGUUAUUUGGAUGACGAGGAGAAUGAUAAACAUUUGUUUUAUUGGUUCUUUGAAUCUAGAAAUGAUCCUAAGAACGAUCCAGUCGUUCUCUGGUUAAACGGAGGACCAGGAUGUUCUUCUUUGACCGGUCUCUUCCUCGAACUUGGUCCUGCCUCAAUCGACAAGAACGGCAAAUUACACAACAAUCCAUACUCAUGGAACGCAAAUGCUUCCGUUAUCUUCCUUGAUCAACCAGUCAAUGUUGGAUACUCAUACAGUGGUGGAUCUGUCAGCAACACAAUCGCUGCAGGCAAGGAUGUUUAUGCUCUUCUCACCUUGUUCUUCAAACAAUUCCCUGAAUACGCCAAACAAGAUUUCCACAUUGCUGGUGAAUCUUAUGCUGGUCAUUACAUUCCAGUUUUUACACAUGAAAUCUUGUCUCACAAGAAGCGUAACAUCAACCUCAAGUCCGUUCUCAUUGGUAACGGUUUGACUGAUGGACUUACACAAUACGAACACUACAGACCAAUGGCUUGUGGUGAGGGUGGAUACCCAGCUGUUCUCGAUUCUAGUGAAUGUAAAGCUAUGGAUAACGCUCUUCCUCGUUGCCAAAGCUUGAUUCAAAGCUGUUAUGAUAGCGAAAGCGUUUGGUCUUGUGUCCCUGCAAGCAUUUACUGCAACAAUGCUAUGAUGGGACCUUAUCAAAGAACUGGACAGAACGUUUAUGAUAUCCGUGGCAAAUGUGAAGAUAGCAGCAACUUGUGCUACUCUGCUCUUGGCUGGAUCAGCGAUUACUUGAACCAAGCCGCCGUUCAAAAGGAGCUCGGUGUUGAAGUCAGCAGUUACGACAGCUGCAACUUUGAUAUCAACAGAAACUUCCUUUUCCAAGGUGAUUGGAUGCAACCUUUCCACCGAUUGGUUCCAGAUAUCCUCGAGCAAAUUCCAGUCUUGAUCUAUGCUGGUGAUGCUGAUUUCAUCUGCAACUGGCUCGGAAACCAAGCAUGGACUGAAGCUCUUGAAUGGCCUGGACAAAAGGGAUUCAAUGCUGCUAAGACCAAGGAUCUUCAAUUGGAGAAUGGUCACAAGACUGGUACCUUCAAGAGCAGUGGUAACUUUACCUUUGCACGUAUCUUUGGUGCUGGACACAUGGUUCCAAUGGAUCAGCCAGAAGCUUCAUUGGAUUUCCUUAACAAAUGGUUGAAUGAUUAUACUCUAUAG